AAAUCAAUGAAGGAAUGCUUAUGGGUGUAUAUUCUUGUACCCAAUAGCCUUAUGCCAGCAUAACCAGUCUGGCCAUUUGCUGUUCCUAAAUUUAAUGGAACGAACAUUACGAGCACCCAUUCCAAGGACAACCAAGAAAACUUCAAACUAUCAUUAUUUUUUUCAUUCUACCAACACCAAUGACACAUUUGUAUUGUCAAAAAACUCAAAGCAAAAUGGACAUGGUGACGUCACAUUAGGCAAACAUAGAAAUAGAUAAGUCGAAUCGUCAGAUGGGAAGACAAGGCUCAAAAUGUGACCUAUCGUGGUAAUUGAGAAGUGUUCUGCCUUUUGUUAUAGGACACAUGCUAGGCUUUGCCCCAAAAAUGUAUACAAAUUCAGUGUAUGUAUAAUAUUGAAAUAAGCAAGUGUACCUCGAGAUAGCAUGAAAAAACGCUGAUUUAAGGGGGUUUCACGUCGAUAUGACGUGAAAACCAGAGAGACCAGCGAAUAUAUCGAUAUAAGUAUAAUUGUGCCAAGUUUAGUAAUAAAAAUCCCUUCACAAAUUUUAAAUUACAGAUUAACGAAUCGAAUACCAAUCUUCCUUAAACUAAAAAAGCACAUAUGUAAGUAUGCCUUGUCGUAUUGAAAGCUGAUGUCGAAUCCAAUUUCGGAGACGUUGGAGGCAUUUCUCUCUGACCACAUUUGAUCUGAAUCACUGGUUAUUCGAUAGCAUUGCAAAACUUUUGCAUUCUAGUAGAAAUUCGCUCUUUAUUACAAAAUAAAAUUACAGGAUUUCCCUAAUUAUUAUUUUAUAACCCCACCAGGAAAAUCCACAGCACCUCGCAACUACUUUUUAAAAUAUAUCAUGACGUUGAUGAAUUUAUUGGAUUUUAGCAUUUUUAACAUCAAGUGUCACACAGACAAUAUGCAGCAUGUAAAUAGGUAUGUAUUUACUUAAUAAAUACGUAUGCACACAACUCCAAACCAGCACGUUAACUGUGUAUGCAAAGAUUAAAUUACAAGCUUAAAGAUAAUCCUUACAUAAAUUCCCAGCCUGAAAUUUCCCCGGUAUCACGGGCUUAUCUUCUUCAUACCAAUUAUGGAUGCCACCAAAGCUUCUGGUCUUCCCGUUCCAUUCGAUCGAAGUAAUAAAAUUGCAUUAAUCCAUCUAAUAAAAACAUGCAGCAACUAUAUAAUAAUUGUUAGUGCAAGUUAAUAUUUCGACGAUUCUCCUUCGUUUUGCCAUUCUCUCUGUUCACCUAAAAUGCUGUCAUACUUCAGAACUCUUGUGUAUUUAACAAUUGUGUUGUUAAUCACAAUACAAGAUUCCAUUAGCCAACAUGCACAAUUUUUACACCUUUGGACAACUCCAAAUUGUGAGGGAGCCCCUUUUGCUAAUUCAUCCGGAACUAACGUCUACUCCUUGCCCGAGACGACGCCGACAGUGUAUUAUAGACUAAACGGCCUGUGGGCCAUCCAACUAUGCAACACUGCAAACAACUGCAAUGAACGAAUCAUAAGAGUUGGGACAAAUACGACAUGUUCACCCGUUCCUCUAGGACAGAAUACCAUUCUUGAAAUUACACGAUUCGGCGAUUCAGCCCAAAACGAGAGAAAAAUUACAUUUUUCGAACAACCUGGUCUUCAAGGUGCAUCUUUUUCUGUUGAUGAAAUUGGUGCAAAUUUUACUACGAGAACAGCUCGUUCGUACUAUUUUACUGGGACGAACUCUUGGGAACACAAACCCAGUGGGAAUGUGGGGGUCGGAAAUUGUAUAACCCACACGAUGGGUGUGCGGGACAGGGGAUUUGGAUUUACGUAUGCUACCUUUGGUAUUAAUUGGCAGAUAGGAUCAGUAAAAUAUGGCUGUACAUCAAAUGAAGUACCAAAUACCACUACAGUUCCAACAACAAGUCCAAACAGCAAUGGUGGAGUUCGGACGAAGGUUGACUCAAUUCUUAUGCAUUCACUAAUUAUAGCUUUGGUUUUUUUGAAAAUUGUAUCCACAUAAAUUGUAAAUGUAUAAUUUAUGCACAUAAUUAUUUAAUAUGCGCUGUAUUCUAUGUUACUGCAUAAUGUGUACUACACGUCGGAAUUAUUGGUAUUAAUCUAGUUCUAAUGUCGUGUCAGUUUUUAAUUAUAAAACACAACUCAACAUGCAACUUUGGCAAUCUCGAAAAUUAAGAAUAUAUAUGUGUAUUAAUCAAUAUUUAUAAAUAAAAUUGUAUUCUAUUUUAUGGAUUAUCUUAUACAUAUUUUAAGCGUCCAACUAUCCAAUUGUUGAUUUAUCCAUGUUUUCCGUCACAGGAAUGCAAGCCAAUUGUUUUAUUGAAUACGAUUUUCCUGAAGGACAUUUCAUCUUUGUAAAUAUAUUCAAGGACAAUUUUUGUCUGCCUAUUUUUGUAAUGUUUGUUCCACCAAAACUUCCAUGUAAAGGGCUAAGGCUGUUAAAUUUAAAUUGAUUCAAAUUAUUAGCAAUCAUCUUAAUCCGGUUCAAUAUUUAAUGUCUGACUCAAGUUUAGAUUUACUUACCUGGUAGAAUGGAUAAUACUUUCAAAUUGCACUUCAGGAAAACUGCUGGUAUCACUUGUAUUUAAGUCAGUUAAAUUUACUGUGGAAUUUGUAAAAGCACUAUAUUCUUGUUGAUCUGAGUUAUACAACUCUGUAAUUAUUAAGUACAGGUACGCUACAAAAGUACCAAUGAUACUCGUGCUGUCCAUGAUUGCAAAUACAAUUUUACUAAACGUUGUA